AUGGUGCCCUCCGGCCAGGUGGCGGAGAAGCAGGAGCCCCCGGAGCUUGGGCGGCACCCUGAGCUCAAAUCCUGGAGGUGCCUGGUGUUCUACCUGUGUUUCUAUGGCUUCAUGGCACAGAUGCGGCCCGGGGAGAGCUUCAUCACCCCCUACCUCCUGGGCACCGAUAAGAACUUCACACAAGAGCAGGUCACCAACGAGAUCACGCCGGUGCUGUCCUACUCCUACCUGGCGGUGCUGGUGCCCGUCUUCCUGCUCACCGACUACCUGCGCUACAAGCCGGUGCUGGUGCUGCAGGGCCUGAGCUACAUCUCCGUGUGGCUGCUGCUGCUGCUGGGCGACUCCGUGCUGCACAUGCAGUUCAUGGAGCUCUUCUACAGCCUCACCAUGGCCGCCCGCAUCGCCUACUCCUCCUACGUCUUCUCGCUCGUGUGCCCGGCCCGCUACCAGCGCAUGGCCGGCUACUCGCGCACGGCCGUGCUGCUGGGCGUCUUCGCCAGCUCCGUGCUGGGCCAGCUGCUGGUCACCGUGGGCCGGGUCCCCUUCUCCACGGUCAACUACAUCUCCCUGGGCUUCCUCACCUUCAGCCUGGUCCUCGCCCUCUUCCUGAAGCGCCCCAAGCGCAGCCUCUUCUUCAACCGCGCCGCCCCCGCGCGCCACGGGGCCUCGCCCUCCGAGCUGGACCGCAUGAACCCGGCCCCCUCCCAGCCCGCGGACGCCAAGCCGGGCCGGGUGCCGCUGGGGGCCUGGCGGGACUGGACCCUGGUGCGCAUGCUCCGGGAGCUGGGGGACCACCUGCGGCUGCCGCAGCUGCGCCUCUGGUCCCUCUGGUGGGUCUUCAACUCGGCCGCCUACUACCUGAUCGUCUACUACGUGCACAUCCUGUGGAACGUGGUCCACCCCACCACGGACGCCUCCUCCGUCUACAACGGGGGGGCGGACGCCGCGUCCACCCUGCUCGGUGCCAUCACCUCCUUCUCCGCGGGCUUCGUGAAGAUCCGCUGGGCGCUGUGGGCGAAGCUGGUCAUCGCGGGCGUGACGGCGGUGCAGGCUGCGUUGGUCUUCCUCAUGUACAGCACGAGCAACAUCUGGCUGUGCUACGUGGCCUUUGUGCUCUUCCGUGGCGCCUACCAGUUCCUGGUGCCCAUCGCCACCUUUCAGAUCGCGUCCUCUCUUUCUAAAGAGCUCUGUGCCCUGGUGUUCGGAGUCAACACAUUCUUCGCCACCGUCCUCAAGACCAUCGUCAUCCUCAUCGUUGCCGACAAGCGGUGUCUGGGCCUCCCGGGCUUGCUGGCACUUCCUCGUCUACUUUGUGUACUUCCUAGUGCUGUUCAUUGUCUACCUCUCGGCGGCCAUGCUGGUGAUCCUGCGGCACCUCCGGGAAGGCCGCCACCCACCCCCAGCCCUGCCCCCGCCCCAGGAGGAGAAGGCCGAGCAGGUGCUGAGCCUGCAGGACAGAGGCCUCAGUGGCCCGAAGCCGGAAGCCCCCCCGCCGGCCCUGGAGGACAGCGUGUGGACAGCAGGGUUGGCCUCUCGGGAACAGAACCAGCAGCCCGAGGCCAAAGCCUGACCCAGCCCGGCCUAGCGGGAGGCCAGGCUCCUCUGGCACCGGAGGCAGCCGGUGCACCGUGCUCCGCGUCAUGGGGCCUCGAUGUCUCAGAAGGGAUGUCUCUUCGCAGCUGGCCCAGGACCCGGGUUCCAGCACGGUCCACAUUCCAGUGUGGAGCCAGGGACUGA